AUUGGCAUUCCUAUGAAGAUGUUAAUUGAUGUGAUAUCAGAAAAAAACAGUGACUUCUAUAAAAGAUUUAUUCAUUUCUGUGUGAACAGCAAGCAAAUUACGGAAGAACUGAACUUUGUCCAGAAGUUGGGUGUUGUGUCUCUUAACUACAAACUCACUCAUAACUUAGAGGUGCUGAAGACUUUGCAAAUAAAAGACAGGAUUGAGCUGCAGGCUAUCUUGAACCUGGAAGUCACCAAGAGCUUUAGUAUGAAAGUGCUUUAUGGUCCUCACCUAACAGUACUUGAAGGACAAAUCCAGGAGUUUGAAACAAGUACCAACAUAACAGGGAAUUUCCAUCACACUUUGCCAUGGCUGCUACAAGCCAGAGUCCCACCAUCUUUGCAGAUAGAUGUGGUUUUUCAAGGGAGAAACACUACUCAAGAAAGAUAUGUGCAUAUUGCAGCUGGAGAAACAUCAAUCACAUACAUAAUAAACUCCUAUUAUGUUGGUCACCAAGUGGAUAUCUUCUGCCAAAGUGUACACAGCAGUGAGGUACUCCAGGCAGCUGGUUAUCCUAAGGCAAUCAACUUGAUUCUCAGCUUACAGGAAUCAGAAAACAAAGCCAAGACUGUCUGUGAAAUCCAAUGUGAUGAGAAAGAUAUAACUGUGACUGUGGAUGUUGGCACAGACUUUCAGCUCUUUGGUGUAUUUGUGUUCAUGGCAGAGGUGAAGCAUUCCAUAUCACUUCUCCAUCAUCUGGGACUUCCCUUCUUUCUUAAGGUGACAAUUCAGGAAGUCCUGACUGAAAAUGAAACUGCAGGAGCUCUGAGGCUGACCUAUGAACAAAACACAAACUUCUCCUUUGCCAUCAGUAGGAAAAAAGACCAGCAAGGUGAAGAGUUGAAUAUAAAAGCACUCCAGACUCAUCCCUUCUUUCUACAGUACUUCCCCAGUGCAGCAGAAGUGUCUUCUAAGGUAAAUUAUGAUAUGAGUGAAGCAAAAGGCAAACUCUGCCUCAGGAUGGAAAAAAGAGAUUUCAAUGUCACAGCGAAGCUCACUUUGACUGGAACCAGCUACACGAAUGCUCUUGAAAUAGUACAGACCAUGUCCCAGUUAAAAAUGGUUCCAAGGCAGCUUGUGUUAAUGACUGUUUACCAAAAGGGCAACAGGACACAUAUGCUGAGGCACAUUGCUCUGUGGGAUGGCAAAGAGAUAAAGGUAACAGGCACUUACACUGGACUCUUCCCAAAGUUGCCUGGAGGUCACAACAUUCAGGUGGAACUUCUCCAUCCUCUCUCCAUCCCUCUCCCACGGCAUGCCAGGGUCAACUUAUAUGUGAAACAUUCGGCACGUCAUCACCGGGAUGAUCUUACUGUCAUUUGGAAUGAGGAGGACCAGAUAUCACUGUCAUCUUCUCUGAAGUUUGGAAGACACCGGACAAACUACAGAGCCACUGUUGCCCACCCAUUUAAUUACACCCUGAAGCAACUGGAGAUCCAUUCCCUGUCAGAAAGAAGGGGCAGAAAGUACAACCAGCAGCUGCAGCUGGCAGGGAAUGCUGGGCAGCCUGCUGACAUCCGACUGACCCUGGAGGAUAAAUCCAAGGUGGACAUCACUGCCUGGGGGGGCUGUGUGACACUCUCUGCAGGCCAGCUUCAGAGAAUAUUAAGUAUGGAACACCUGCAUGCAUGUGGAUCUCUAGAGCAAAGAUCAACACUGUUUAAUGAAUAUCUAGAUCUGAAUUGGGAUGACAAAAAAAUCAAACACAAUUUAACAUAUGAGAGAAAUCAAUUCUCGUAUCCUGAUAAAUUCCAGUUAGAAGCUGUCCUAGAAAAUAUUUUCCUGACCCCAUGCACCAAACAGAAGAUUCUGGGUAAAAUAGAAACAAACUACUGCUCUUCCCUGGAUCAUUAUACAAGCUUUGAGUUCUGUGACCUUCCAAAUGUAAUUGUUUUAUCUGGAAAACACCAGCUCAAUAAAGAUAACAUCAUUUUGCAGUCAGAGAGCAGAUGCCACCUUGGUGAUCACAGGACAGAUGGGGGGUUGAUUGGAGUAUCCAUAAAGAAUCAGAGCACUGCUGAUGUGAAGAACUAUUCUAUGGAAAUUGAUUUAAGAGCCUUUGAAGAUAUUUGGCUAGGCCUGGCAGGAACUGCUACUUCCUCAUCUGUCCAGAGCCAAAUCCUGGUGGAGGGGAAUAUUGAUCAGAAAGAGAAAGUAAAAGUAGCAGCUUCAAAAGGAAAGGAGUGCAUUCAGUACUACCUGGGGUAUCUGAAAGGGGAUUUGGAAGAAGGAAUGGAAGUCAGUGCUUGUUCUGAUGGGCAGGAGAUGGCUGCCAUUAACACCUAUCUCAGCAUCAAUGGAGAAAGGCGGGAAAACACGGGACAAGUGACUCUAGCAGCUGCUAAUGGAAGCUUGAGUUUUCUGGCUCAUGGAUGUGGGGAUCCAGUUCUUAAGGCUGAGUACAAGCUUAAUGAAAUUGGGAGUCUUUUGAAAGCCAAACUGACAGAAAAGAUAAAGAAGUUUGAUGGAUACAUGUGGAGAUUCAGGAGAUCAGUGCAGCAAGUUGGUUUCCUGUCUGAAGCAGCUGGCUGGCCUUCCAUAGCCUUGCAGAAGGCAGCAGGAUUCCUGCUUAGUGGGGGCAGAGCUGUAGCCCAGGCGUGGAAGCAAAGCGGAAUCGGGCAGAUCCUGAGGAGCAAGGUCCCGCUUUAUCUGGAUAAAGUUCAAGGCAUUGUCCAGCAAAUGCGGAACGAAUUGCAAAAGCCACUAGCAACUUUGAAGGAUGCCUACUAUGAUGUAACCUUGAAGCCACUGGAUGAGGUCUGGAAAGAGAAGACAGAAGAGUACAUGAAGAAAAUCCAGGCUUUUUUACCCAAUAUUGUAAAAGAUGCAUGGCUCAUGGAACCAAUCCAGCUGGCAUUAAAGGUUGUGAAAGCAGCUUUGGAUACGACCACACAGCAGAUGUUCAGGUGGGCAGAGGCCACGUUUUCCAGAGCUGUGAGGAAGAUCCGGAAGCCCUUGCUCAACCUGUACAGUUUUUCAGCCAGGAACUGUUCCGUGGCAGUAAAACUGCCAGUACUGCCCAAAGGAGACCACUCCGUACAGCUGGCAAAUGUUCCUACUUAUCUCGUUGGAGAGAAAAUAAUGAGGCCUCUGCAAGACCUCUACAAAAUCAACAUCCUUGCGGAGUAUUAUAGAUUCAAACGGAGGAUGGUGGAGAGUCCCUUCGAAUAUCAUGCUCUGUUAGUGGGGACCAAGCAUCUUGUGACUUUUGAUGGAAAAAUUUAUGACUUGGCAUCAAAGUGCAGUGUACUUCUUGCCAAGGAUUUCGUCCACAAUGCUUUCACUGUAAUACUAAGUGAGGAAACCAGUAACUCAAGAUCACUGUAUGUGGAGAUGAAUCAGACUGUGAUCAGUAUCCACCCAAGACUGAAGAUCUCCAAGAUGUUCUCCUUUACGGAAGAGAAGUGCCAAGUACUGGAUAAAUCACUUGAAAAGAAUACCACUAAUUCAAGGAGAGAAACCAACAAAAUAGAAAUAUCUAAUCAGAAAGGAGUUUCUCUAUCCUGUGACUUUCAGUAUGAUCUCUGUACUGUCACUCUGGCUGGGUGGUACCAUGGUAUCUCAGCUGGGCUUUUUGGUACCAAUGAUAAUGAAGCUGGAAAUGAAUGGAUGCUUCCUAAUGGUUCCUUCACUGACAACGUGCAAGAGUUCACACAGAGCUGGCAGGUGAACAAGUGCAGUCUUGUACCGAAGAAAGAGAAGUCAUGUCCAAUUACAGGCAAGCAAAACAUCUGCAAAGUGUUUUUUGAAGAACCACAUUCACUUCUUAGGAACUGCUUCAAAGUUGUGGACCCCAAGCCCUUCUACACCAUGUGUACACAGGACACCUGCGAGUCCCCGGCCCCGGGGGCUGCCUGCAGCUCAGCAGCAGCUUUUGUUCAUCUGUGCAACCGGAAUUUUGUCCCUGUGGAAAUCCCUCCACAGUGCUUGAGCCUGUUCUGAAUGGCACACACCAGCCCUGGAGAUGGAAGAACCCUUUCAGCACCCAAAAAUAGAAAUUAUUUUAGGUAGACAAAGCUAGAGGCAGGAGCAGGAGAACAGUAGCAGUGCAAAUCCAUUAGUGUUAGACAAUGAAGCACAUAUAGUAUAAAAGGAAAGCUUUCCACCAGAACCCCUGAGGGCAAGAGGAAUUAUUUCAGUAUACUGACCAGAAACUAUAAUCAACCAAAGGAAAUUGAACAUAAUAGUAUCAAUUACUUUAAAAGAAUUCUCCCAUUCAGUGGCAAAAUUGUGUCUCCACAAGCCUUCAACCAUAGCAUAAAUACAAUUAAAAGCUGACAAAAGGUCUCUUCCAGCUCAGAUUAGUACAAGUGGAAUACUUUGUGAAAGCAGCAUUAUCAGCUUUGAGUCAGCAGAGACGCUGACUUCUUUUUUCUCCAGAAAUGAAACUCUGCUGUUCAGCGGUUCUGGACAAAGUUAUCUUUUUUUUUUUUGUUCAAGGGAAGUGCUCCAACACACGAGAGCUACAGUAGAAAUAAGAUGGUUAAAUAAUUGAAAGCACUUGAUAAUGUUCUCAUUUUUAUGCUGGCUGAUUUUUCCCUUACUAACGUGUACACUGUUAAAUGAGAAACACCCUUCUGUGUACCAGUUUCACGUUCUCCCUUUGUGCCUUUAGAAGCCAUUUCUCAGAAACCAGUUGAUGUGUUUGGAAAGGGUGAUUGAUAUCUAUCCAACCCAUAAAGUAGCCUUAAGGUGCUAUAGCUGUUGUGUGAAAACGUCUAUCUGUUAAAUCCUUUUCUAUAUUUUAAGUCUAUUGAUUAAAGAGAUUAAUUUCUCCAUCUGUAAUUUACCUUUCUCCAUCUGUACCUGGAAGGCAGCUAUUCCUCAGCAAAAGGUUAACACUGCAAAAUCCUUCCCAUGCCUUUGCAUAACAAGCAAACAUUGAAAUAACGGUGUUCUGAACUAGGAGAUAAUGCUAAUAAACAUUUGACUUCCUUAUUAUUAUGCUGGAGUACGUUUUUAUUGGUUAUUCAUAAGAAUAUAAACCUGUACUGAUCUACAGAGCUGGAACUGGCUCACAGACAAAGCCAGCACGGGCCUCUGUUACCUCGUGGAUGCUGCUUUCAGCCACAUUCUCUUCCUGAACAUUGAACUCCCUAGUGUGACACA